AUGGCUGUGAGAGACACGGCGGCGGCGGCGGAUUCUCCAGGGCUCGGGAGGCACGAGGAGUCGAUUCUGCUGUUCGAGAAGGUCCAUUACCGGCACGACCCGCGCUGGCUGCUGCCCGUGACCCCGCGCCUCUGCCUGGCCUGCCUCGUGGAGCUGCUGCCAGAGCCCGGCGUGUCGUUGGUCCGUAAGAAACAUGUGCUGUCCUGCUUCCGAGAUGCCCUCUUAAGGCAUAGCUCCCUUGUCAUGCAACUGGUGGCUGAGGACCAGAGUGUCAGCGUCCACUUUAUCAACAUGCUUUUUGGACUGUUAUGCCAGGCUGAAGAUGGAAGUGCAAAAGACCUCUGUAUUGAAGUCCUUAUCCAGCUUAUAACGCAGCUGAAUCUGGAGCAGACCACGGAUUGCCUGCUGGGUGAAUGCCACAGAGAGCUGUGUGACAUGCCCUCCAUGCGACACAGCCUGGCCAUCCUCACCCUCCUGGGCAAGUUGGUGGAUGCCCUCCCCGCGCUGGCAGACCGUCUUGUGCUGGAGCACGGUAACCUGAUGGACUAUCUGUUGAGAGGUCUGGCAUACCCCAAUGAGGGGGUGCAGGCUUCCAUCUGCUACCUCUAUGGUAAGCUAUAUGCAGCCCCAGUGGCAGCCAAGAAGCUUUCAGGCCACUUCCAGGAGAAGUUGUGUUCCUCCUUCCUUUCCACCCUGGUUGCUGCUCAGACAAAGGAGCUACAGAUCAACUGUUUGGGUUUGCUGAGGCAGCUGCUGAAGUAUGACCUCUUUGUGACUGUGAUCAUGAACAAGUCUGCGGUGCUGGAAAAUGCUGAGAUUGUUGAGGGCCCGCAACGAGAGACCUCACUGCCUUUGGUGCUCAAAAAGCUUCUUCUGUCUAGAGAUGAGACUCUGCAGGUGGCCAGUGUCCAUUGCAUAACUGCAGUCCUGGUCCACUCCCCAGCGAAGCACGCACCAGCCUUCAUCCAUGCUGACAUACCAGAGUUCCUCUUUGAGUAUCUUUACUCUUCCAGCGAAGUGCUUGUCUGGUCCAUCUAUAGUUGCUUGAUACUCCUGGCAGAAGAGCCACUCUUCUUCUCCAAGUGCCACACGGUGUACGGCAUUGAGUCUAUGGUGAGGAGCCUCCAGGGCAGCCUGAAGGUGAACAACCUGGAGCUUCACAAGCAGGGCCUGCUGCUCUUUGCUGAGAUCUUGACUCGGCAACCGGAGAAGAUCAAGCUGUUCACAAGCUCAGCCAUGUGCCGAGAUGCGGGCUGUGCCCUGCGAGAGGCAGUGAGUAGCCCCGUGCUGGAGGUGGCUGCUGAAGCCUUGAAGGCCAUUUCUGCGUUUCUGAGGAAAGACCACCAGAGCUCCCCACCAGUGCAGUACCGCGUGCUGCGGGCCCUGAUCGAAGCCAUGCUGAGCCGGUGUGCAGAUGUCUCUCAGACCCCGAUGAACAGGAGACCCCUGGGCCACACCUCGAGCAGAGGUUCGGAGAAGGCCAUUCUGCAGAGGGGAGAGUUCCUCUUGGGCACCCUGGAGGGAUUUCGGAACGCCUGCAGGUUGGCUGUGGAAUUCCAGAGUGAGCCUUCAGCCCAGGAGAAUCCAUUCACUGCUCCCAGUGCUGAGAAGGAAGACACCUUGGAGGCCUUCUCAGAAUUUCUCCUCAGUGCUUGUGACUCCUUGUGUGUCCCCAUGGUGAUGAGGCACUCAGAGCAGACCACCCAUCCAGCCCUGAUGGAAGUUUUCCUGUCAACUUUACACAGCCUCUUUACUAUUGUUCCCCACAUGAGGGAGAAGUUCUCCAAGAAGCUUGCUGCCUCCUCCUUCAUACGGCUGACACUGGAGCUGAAGGCCAGAUUCUGCAGUGGUCUGAGUCACGCAGCCCUAAACCAGGUGUGUUCCAGUUUUCUCUACAGCAUGUGCCUCAAUCUCCUUUCUACUCCAGAGAAGACACGCCCACCUUCCCAAGAAGAACUCACUGCAGUAACUAAGCUCCUGCAGCUCGGGUUGCCCCAGAUAAACAGCAGGGGCCCGGAAAGCCUUGCCUUCCUGUCGGGCUGCCAGUAUGUGAAGGGAACUGGUCGUGAGAGACAGUACUGCAUCCUGCUUCUCUUCUACGUGGCUUAUGUCCACGACGACAGGUUUGUUUCCGAGGCAGAAUUGCUUGUGGCCGUGCAAAGCUUCCUCCUGUCUCUGCAGAACCAGGGGGAGCACCCUCCACCAGUGGUCUUCAGAGCCUCCAUUUACCUGAUUGCAGUCUGCCUGGACAAGGGCAGCACACUUGAUACGACUUUGCUCAGUGCCGUCAGACACUUCCUAGAGGACUUCACAGAUCUGCACCUGAUCUACACCCAUCACCUCCCCCUGCUCAGGUUCUUCCUGUUGUAUCCAGAAAUGAUGAGUAGGUUUGGGCACCGUGUCCUGGAAAUGUGGUUCUCCUGGGAAGAGAUCCACCACGAGGAGCUGGACGACGUGUCCUGUGUCCAAGAGCCCCCGCUUCCUGCCAGCUUGGCAGCGCUGUUCCUUAUCAUCAGAAGCAGCCCCAGCAUCCUGCUCAUGCUUCUGGACCUCAUCUACUCUGCUCCAGUGGACAUAGCCCGGAAGGUGUUGAUUGUCCUGAGGACCUUUCUCAAGAGGAAUGAAGAUGUCCACGUGGGUGGGUUCAUCCGAGGCCACUUCCUGCUGAUCCUACAGCAUCUGCUGGUGGAGUACAAACUCCCAAUGUCAAAAGCCUCCCGGAACCUAUCUCUGCUGCUGAGCCUCCUCUCCUUAGUGCAGCUGAAGAGCGAGUCGGAGCUAGAACUGGACAGCAUGGCCAUGAAGCUCCUUCACCAGGUGAGCAAGCUGUGCGGCAAGUGCGGGCCCACAGACGUGGACAUCCUACAGCCUUCUUUCAACUUCCUGUAUUGGAGCCUUCACCACACCACACCCGUCAGUCGGCAGAGAGCUGCUGCUGUGAUACUGAGCAGCUCCGCCCUGAUGGAACUCUUGGAGAAGUUGCUGGCGCUCACCUGGGCCCAGGCUGACUCUCCCAAAACGGGCACAGCACUCCUCAGCUCUGCCUGGCUGCUCACCGCCUCCCUCUCCACCCAGCAGCACAGCAGCAGUUUGCAGGUUCACCAGACGCUGUCUGUGGAGCUGGACCAAGUCCUGAAGGCCCUCAGCUUUCCCCAGAAACAGGCUGCGCUGCUCUCAGCCACUAUAGCCCGCUUCCUGCGCACAACCCUGCAGCAAGGCUUCUCCUCAGCCCUGGUGACCCUGGUGCCCUCGGGGACCCAGCCCCUGCGGGCCCCCGAAGACACUGUGCUGGCUCCACUGGGAACUUCACAAGUGCUGGCCCUGCUCGUCGGGCUGCAGAGCCUCCUGGUGCAGAAAGACCCUCUGCUGUCCCAGUCCUGUGUCGGCUGCCUGGAGGCCUUGCUUGAUUACCUGCACACCCGGAGCCCGGAUGUUGCACUCCAUGUGGCCUCCCAGCCGUGGAAUCGGUUUCUGCUGUUCACCCUCUUGGAUGCUGGAGAGAAUUCCUUCCUUAGACCCGAGGUCUUGAGGCUCAUGACGCUGUUUGUGCGGUUCCAGAGCAGCACCAUCCUCUCGCAGGAAGAAGUGGGUCAUGUCCUCCAAGCCGCGGCUUUGGCAGACAUGUCCACGCUCUCAAGCACCACAGUCCAGGCGCUGCAUGCCUUUUUCCUGCAGGUCCAGCACACGGGCCUCCUGGUUGACCCCAGCACAGCCCAAACUUUGCAGACAUCUUUGGAGGGCCUUCUGCCCCAGGCUUCCUGGGCCCCGCCACCCCCGCAGGACAUGCUCUGCCUGGGAGGGGUGGCCGUAUCCCUGUCCCACAUCAGAGACUGA